CUCGGUAAUCCAUUUGAGGGUUGCCGAGUUUACAAAGCAAGCAAUAUCGUCUGAAACGGUUAGAUCAUUGAAUUGGGCAGACUUCCUUGUCUUGAUCACGGUACUAGAAUUACCCAAGCUUUGACCGAGCGCCCCUGUCUUUCCCGUGCGAGAACCUCACGUCAGCAAAUUGGUGUCCCCUCGAUCUUAAUCCACUUUUACUUCCGCAACACGAUGGAAGAUAUCCCUUCCGAUCCUCCAUUGCGAGGACUGAAAGACAAAGUCGCUAUCGUCACCGGCGCCGGCUGCGUAGGUGAAGGAAUUGGAAAUGGCCGAGCCAUCUCUAUCAUGCUCGCAGAUGAAGGCUGCAAUGUCCUUUGCCUGGACUUGAACCUUGAAUGGGCAUCCAAAACUGCAGAUAUGGCGAACUCCAAACCCGGUCGCGGCAAAGCAAUGCCUUUCCAAUCUGACGUGACCAAAACGUCGGACUGCAAAAGGGCAGUAACUCAUGCAAUUGAAACGUUUGGCAGACUCGACAUCCUGAUCAAUAAUGUCGGGAUUGGAGGUGCGGCGGGUACGGCUGUAGAUGUUGAUAUGGAGGCUUGGGCGAAGAGUAUGGAAGUUAACGUAGGGACUAUGGUGCAGAUGGCAAAGCAGGCGAUUCCGGCGAUGAAGAAGAAUGAAGGGGAAGUGAAAGGCUGCAUUGUCAAUAUGGGAUCUGUGGCUGGGUUGAAGGGUGGAACGCCGCAUUUACUGUAUCCGACAAGCAAGGGUGCGGUGGUGAAUAUGACGAGGGCCAUGGCGGCGCAUCAUGCGACGGAUGGGAUUCGGGUCAAUUGCGUUUGUCCUGGGAUGCUGUAUACACCCAUGAUGUAUGCGGGUGGAAUGAGUGAAGAGGCGAGAGAAGCAAGGAGAAAGCGUAGCUUGCUUGGCACGGAGGGGACUGGUUGGGACUGUGCUUGCGCGGUGGUUUUUUUGGCCAGCAAUCAUGCAAGAUGGAUAACUGGUGCAAUACUUCCUGUUGAUGCUGGUGUGACUGCAGCUGUGGGGAUAGGGAUGCCGAAUAGUGCGAGUGUGAACGGCUGAAAGCUAGGUGGCAGAAAUUAGAUUGGUAGUUUGGAGAAGUUGGAUGACAUGGAAG